AUGCAAAUGCACCAUUUAAAACGUCAUCUCUUUGGAAUUAUUAUUUUGUCAUCCUUUGAUUCAGCUUUUGCUGUCGAAUGUGUUCCUAAACCAGACGAAGGCGAAUGUUAUAAUCCUAUUCCAGACGUUUUUGAUCAAGAAUCAGGGCCGGCGCGUGGGACCGGACGAUUAUCUACCCUCAAAAACAGAGUCCAAAUUAAGAAAAUUCCUUAUUCGAUUAACUUGCAUUUGGACACCGGUAGUCCAAAUGUUAAACAUGGCACUCUUGUCUGGAAAUGA